UCUGCAUCGCCCUCCCUUCCGCCGGCCACCGGGCGCAUAAAGGCGGCGGGCGCCGAGAAGCGCGGAUCCUCCGUGCGCCCCACGCCGCUCCAUGGCCCCGCGCAGGCUGCUGCUCCUGCUGCUGGCGUGGCUGCUGGGCGCCUGGGGGCCGCUCUCGGCUCCCGCCGCUGCAAGAAGCGGCCCCACCGAGCUCCAGAAAGCCCCAGGUAAUUGCAGUGAGCCCCCUCAGGUACAAAAUGCAGAGGUUUCCAAAGGGAGCGGCGACGGCAACAAACUGCGGUACUCGUGCGUCAAGAAUUACAAGAGGAAAGCAGGCACGUCCAGCCUGGCCGUGUGCAGGGAGAACAUCACAACGAAAACGUUUCAAUGGGAGGUGCGCCUGAGCUGCAUCCGAGACCCUUCCCUGCCUGCCACCACAACAGAAGCUCCCAGAAGAGAGGCAGAGACUUCCACCACAGAGACUCCUCAGGCUGCUGGUGUUAACACUUCGGUGGCCUCCGCCACAGCCCCAUAUGUCAGCAAGACCCCCUCGCCAUCAGUCUCGAUCGCCGCACUGCUCAGGACUGCUAAACCAACUAGGCCUGGCAGGGGGACGGCAACCACCAGUGCCCCAGAGGUUGGCAGAUACACUCCUGGCACGGUCAGCGAAAGCUUGGCGAAAUGCAAAAGCACCACCGCGAAAGCCUCGCAGCCCGCGACUAGCAAGAGCCUCACGGCAGGAGACAGACCGACAGCUGUACCGCCAGGGAGAAUCUCCGGGGUCACCCCAGAGCCAAGCGUCCCGGUGCCUCCGAUCGAGAGACGAACAGGUUCCCUCCCCUUGAGGAUCGGAGUAUCUUGCCUAGUUUUAGUGGUGCUCCUGGUAGGAUGUCUUGCAUUCUCGUACCGUAGAAGAUGGCGUUCUGUUCAGGGACAGGCGGAUAUUCCACUGGAAGAGCAAAUCCCCAUGGCUGCCGAGAGGUCGGAACCAGGAGACCAGGCGCCCCCGGCUGCCGGCAGCCCCGAUGACCUGAGACCCACCGACGAAGGGGUUCGGAUGUUGCCGCCUCACUGUUCUCCCUCCAGCGGCUGAGCCCAAAACCACGCUGCCCUAAGAACUUCGAAAGGGGGAAGCAGUCUUGGGAGACAGGCAAACUCAGGGAGAAGCAAGUUUCGAAAUCCCUGGUGCAUGUAGUCAGACUGGGGAUGGAGCCACUCCCUCCUUGCGAAGCGUUUCCUAGGCAUCCAUCCCUAGGAAUUCUGCUGCGACAUUUUCUGUACCCAGGUUGCAAACAAAGUGGAUAUGUCUGUACAAGCACUGCAGCCUCUCCCGGUCUGUCUCCCAGAGGCAGAGAGAGAGAGAUAAGGAAAAAUAAGAAGUUGGGAAAACUGGAGAACAACGUCCCCCGAUGAUCAGAAGAUUCAAAGGAGCCUGAGGAGGAGGAGGAGGAACUGAAGAUGGAUGGAAGCUUCACCUGGAUCCCACUGGAGGCUCUGAGAAAGAAAGGUGGGAUGAGCGCGCCAGAGAUGUCGAGGGAGAAAGGAAGAUUUCUCAGCAGGAAGAAAACAUUUGACAGCCCUGGGAAGACAUGGCUGGGCUCAGAUUUGAAGCUGGAGAGGCAAUGGAUGAAGUUGAGGCGGCUGCGACGUCUUGGGUCAUUCCGGCUAAGGCUGCAAUUGACAUUGAUGCCCCAUUCAUUCUAAGGGGGCAGAUUUUAAAGGGAAUAGACGGGUCCGUAGAGGAUGGUGCUAUCAGUGACUACUAGUCAUGGCUGGUUGUACGCUUACCUCAAGGAUCGGGGCAGCUUGCCUCCAAAUACCAAAGCAUUUGGGGUUCAGAUAUGGAGAGAGCAGUGUUGUGCUCGCGUCCUGUUGUUUAUGGGCUGCCCAUAGGUGUCUAGUUGUUUAAUAGGGUGCUAAUUUAGGUAGGUCAUUCUUCUGGUCCAGUGGGGUUCUUCUCAUGUUCUUCAUAAGGGUCAAGAAAGCCCAAGGACCCAAUGGGCACAUACCCAAGUGAGCCCUUUGCUUCGGGGGGUGCUUGCAAGAAAGGGGGUCUUGAGGCCUU